AUGCCUGUGCCAUGGAGUUACUGCUUGUUCUCAUCUCUUCUUUUGGCUCUGAAGACUCACACUGCACAUUCGGCAACAGAUUUGUCUCUUUAUCUUCACAACAUCCUGAAGAACCACACGGCUCACGCCUGUGAAGGAGACACGCUCGUCAUUGAGUGUCCCUCGAGGACGUCUGUGGCCGUCCUCUCAGCUUUCUACGGACGACGUGUUCCUAAUCAGCAUUUAUGUCCCUCUGCAAACACAAACACUACUGUGGAGGAGGAUAAAGAAUGCACUUCCCCAGUUGCUAUCGAGAAAGUGGUGUCAGAGUGCCAGGAACGGCGGUUCUGUCACAUCCCUGUUCUCAGUCCAGUGUUUGGGCAGGACCCCUGUCCUCUCACCAGCAAGUACCUUCUGGUCUCAUACAAGUGCAGACCAGAGCACCACCGCACGAGGCUGGUGUGUGAAAACGAGCGCCUGAGGCUGAUGUGUAAAAACGAAACUGUCCUGGCGAUCUACUCGGCCACGUUUGGACACCUGCUGCACGGCAGUCCUUACUGCCCUCAGGAACCUGAAUCACACACUGACAUGGAGUGUUUGUCACCUUCGGCUCUGAGGAAAGUGUCACGCAGGUGUCACAGCAGAGCAAACUGUUCAUUAGUUGCCGAUACUCAAACCUUCGGGGACCCCUGCUUCCCCGGCACCAGGAAACACCUGCGGGUGUCCUUCACUUGUGUGCCCCGGUAUCUUCUGGAGGAUGUGGGUCGAGGGUCAACGGAUCCUUUCAUGAUCUCUGACUACACACAUGGUGGAUGGUACACUGGCCCCACCUACAGGCCUCAAAACGUGCUCUUAACCAACUCUCUGGAGAUCAUUGAAAAAAUAUUGGAUCUCCCAGAGCGAGUUGCUCUGUACUUUGUCUCCGGCAUAUGUGCUGGUCUGGUGUUCCUGCUCUGUCUGUUCGGUAUUCGGUCCACACUGGUGAGGGAUGUUAAAGAGCUGGUUUCUGACCUGAAGGAUGAGUUGAAAGCAUCUCGCAGAAAGCGCAAGGAGCUCAUGGAGGACCUCUUCGACGAUGACAUCUCAGACACGUCGUCCUUCCGUCACCUCACACAAUCCUACCGCACGACAGAAAUCCUCAGUCCGUCCACCUUGACAGUAGAGAUGGUGGAUCGAGAGGUGGAUCGAGAGGUGGAACAGACGAUGGGUCUGCCAAAUGGAGACAUUUGGCCACAUCGAGACUCCAGCCCUUACGCCAUUCAUAAGAUUAAAACCUACGACAAUUGAGAAAAGUUACAUUUAUGAGUGAUACUACUUCUAAAGCACCUUUCUGCUAUGAUUUAAGUUGAUUUAAGUUGUGGACUGAAAUUACAAACAUUCAGUUACUUAUAUCCAUGUAUUGUCAAACAUGGCAAAGUGACCUUAAACGAUAAAGGCUGGAAUAUACAAAGUUCUAAUGUGCUAGAUUAAUUACAAUUGUUAUUAAAAUUAACUUCACACAAUAUGUUCUUUAAAUGAAUUGUUAACUAAAUUAUGAUUCAGAUUGAGAUUCUGCCUCAAAUAAUGUUCUGUCAACAUUUGUUUCGGUCCUUGGAUGUCAUGUAAAACGUAAAAAAUUGUAUAUCAUACAUCAUAACAAACUAUAAAUCUAAAUAAUAAAGAUUGUUUUAG